CCGGGGUCGGCGGCGACGGCGGCGGCGGGGAGCGGCCGCUCGGUCAUUCGCGCUCCGCCUUCGGGCCCCCGCGGCGCGGCGGAGAGAAUGGCAUUCCCUGUGGAUUUGCUGGAUAACUGCACGCAUGAAGAAUUGGAAAAUUCUGCUGAGGAUUACCUCUCCAGCCUAAGGUGUGGGGACCCUGAAAAUCCAGAAUGCUUUUCUAGUCUCGACAUUACGAUUCCCGUUAGCCUGUCAAAUGUGGGCUUUGUCCCUCUCUAUGGCGGCAAUCAGACCCAGAAAAUUCUUGCUCUCUUUGCGCCUGAGGAUUCUCUUACAGCUGUGGCACUUUACCUUGUUGGUCAGUGGUGGGCCAUUGAUGAUAUUGUGAAAACAUCUGAACCUUCUAGAGAGGGGCUGAAGCAGGUGAGCACUCUUGGAGAAAGAGUGGUUCUGUAUGUUCUCAAUCGAAUUAUCUAUAGAAAGCAGGAAAUGGAGAGAAAUGAGAUCCCAUUCCUGUGUCAUAGCAGUACUGACUAUGCUAAGGUUCUGUGGAAGAAAGGAGAGGCCGUUGGGUUUUAUUCAGUUAAGCCUACAGGAAGCUUAUGUGCCUCAUUUCUUACUCAGAAUUACCAACUGCCAGUUCUUGAUACAAUGUUUAUAAGGAAGAAAUACAGAGGAAAGGAUUUGGGGCUUCAUAUGCUGGAAGAUUUUGUUGAUUCCUUUACAGAAGAUGCACUUGGCUUACGGUAUCCACUGUCUUCUCUCAUGUACACAGCUUCCAAGCAAUACUUUGAAAAGUAUCCAGGAGAUCAUGAACUUCUUUGGGAAGUUGAAGGUGUGGGUCACUGGCAUCAGCGAAUACCAGUCACCCGAGCACUACAGAGAGAGGCUAUUAAAGUUACAGAUGUUUCUCAAUAUGAAGCCAAAAGACCUAUGUCUGCAGAAUAUGGUCUUGCUGCUGUACCAGAAUAUGAACCUGGAAUGGAAGACACUCAGUCUAGUGAGCUGCAGAUCCAUUCCCUAAAAGAUGCCUUUGCUAGCACUUCUGAAGGUCCUGAAAAGACUCCUGUUUCCACGCGUACUCGGAGCAGCCAUCUAAAGCGACCAAAGAUUGGGAAGCGUUUUCAGGAUGCUGAGUUUAGUAGUUCUCAAGGUGAAGAUGAGAACUUUGCCAAGAGUUCACCUGUGGCUUCAGUAAACAAAAUAGAGUGUGCUGCACGAACAUCAGAGAGCUCAGAAGAAUUCCUGGAAGAAGAGGCUGAGCAGAGAGUGACUGAAUCUGAGGAUGAAAGCAGUGAUAAAGAUGCACAGCCUGCUCCUGCUCUGGAAACUCAGCCACGCCUGCAGAAGCAAGACGGGGACAAGGUCUCUGCGUUAGAGCCUGUGAAUGGUGAGGUAAUGGAUGCUGCCCUCAAGCCCUCUCUUACAACUGAAGACGAGGACUCCACCAGUGAGGGUCUUGAAGAAGAGUUAAAGGUUCCAGCUUUCAAUUCCAGUGGAGACCCUGGGAAUCCUGUUCCACUAGUAGCAGAGUCUUUAAAAGCGCCCGAGGCCACACUGGACAAGACCUCACCUGAUAAUGACUCAGAAAUGUUGACUGAUCAAGGCCCAUCUGAUGAUAAAGGACAUACUGAAGAAAAUCUGUCCCCAGUUUCAAAAAAGAAAACACUUUUGGGGAGCUCAGACAAUAUUGCCACUGUAUCAAAUGAAGAAAAGUCUGAUGGUAAUUUUCCAAAUUCCGUGGUACCAGAAUUUCCCGAAGAACCAGUCUCUCAGAAUUUAUCACCCAACACUCCUUCCUCAGUGGAAGACCAGGGUGAGGAGGGAGUACCUGAGGCCCAGGAACCAUCGGCUACUCAGAGCUCUCUGAUAGAGGUCGGACUUGAAGACGUGUCAUUUCCACAGAAUGCAGGACAGAAGAGCCAGUCAGAGGAGCAGUCUGAAGCGUCCUCUGAGCACCUGGAACAGUUCACACAGUCAGCAGAGAAAGCUGUGGAUAGCAGCUCAGAGGAGAUCGAAGUGGAAGUGCCUGUUGUAGACAGGCGCAGUCUGAGAAGAAAGGCCAAAGGGCAUAAGGGCCCUGGCAAGAAAAAAGCCAAGCUGACCUGAAGGAAGGAGAAAUGCAGUUCAUAAACCCUCUUUGUUGUUGUUGUUUUUAAACCAUGGUAACUAAUAAACAGCAUGGGGCACAGGACAAAUUCUAAAAUUUCAAUUUGAACUUAUUUACAGAUGCAGGUUUUCUCUUUCCUUUAGAACAAGGAUUCACCAUUCUUUUUAUUUUUUCAGGCUAUUUUCUGUAAGUAACUAUUAUUUAUGGACCAUGUGUCAAUUUUGGAAUUCCAAGUCAUAUUGUUCUUCAACAGGUGGAGCAUCUAAUCAUUAAUAUUUUAAAAAUACAACUUAAAAAACUGUUAGAGUUUGAUCAUAGGAAUCUUUUAUACUAAGGGUUUUACUGGUAAAAUUUGGUAAGGGUUCUCAAAGUUUUAUCUUAGUAUCAAAAACAAUCUCCAUCUUUUAAGUGUAAGCAUACCUAAACAAAAUGAGUCAGUUAAUUAAAUAUAAUAUCAAGUUAGAGAACAAAAAGUAGAAAUUUAUGAUCAGCUUGUAAAGAUGGUUUUUGUUUUUAUUUCUUAAUGUUAGUUGUAGAUGGAGUUCAAGUCUGUGAGAAGUAGUUUAGACUGCAUAUCAUCUGGUGUUAGCAGAACUGUUAAAGAUACAACUGUGGUGUGUGGGUACAUAAUUUAAAAUUUAAUUUAAAUUUAAUACUUCUACAUGAAGUAUUAGUUUGCUAUAAUUUUUUCCUCUAUAUAUUUUCCGAUGCUGAAAAGCUUGAGUACACUUUUUUAUCUUUUAAACACCUCAAGUAAUUGAAUUUAGUAUGUAGUUUAAUUCGGAUUGUAGUCCUGAUCAGAUAGUGCAGACGUAUAGGCCCCGUCUCCUUGAUUCUUCUCCUGCUGUCUCACUGUGAUUCUUCUAGCAGCAGACCCCCACCCAGCUUGCCUGUUAUACCCUGUAUCCAUUUUUGGAUAGGUCUAGAACUCUAUCAAAACACCUUUAGUCCUAGAUGGAAGGAAUAAAGCUGCCCAGUGAGAUGUACAAAUGCCUAGAUUCUGAUUCGGCUGUCCCUUUGGGUCUUGUAUACUUUAAGACAGGGUUUCUCUGUGUAGCAUUGACUGACUAUCCAUGCACUUACUCUGUAAACCAGGCAGACCCCCAGCUCAGAUCUGCUUCUGAGUGUUGAGAUUAAAGGCACACAGUACUACCACCUGGCUAUUUGAUAUUUUAGAAAUAUUAAAAAAUUUUGUUUAAUGACAAUUGGUUUUAAAAUGAACAAAAUGGUUUUAUUCUUAGAAUUCAUAGACAAUUGGUCAGUGUCACUUGGGGAAUACUGUGUACUUUGAUUUGUAGUUCAGCUAGAGGCUAUUUUGAGACCAAUUCGAUUUGUCUUUGAAACAGCUUGAACUUUGUGAGAGAAAUGUUGAGAAUUUGAGUCAUGAAGUGCUCUAAGUUUAUGCUCAGUCCAUUUAGUCUUCAGUCAGCUGAUUGGUGAUUUCAUGUCUUACAUUUUAUUUAGGGAUGUUGGUAUUUUAGAAGUCUAAUUAAUUAAGAUCUUAAAGCAGCAGACCAAAUAGCAAACCCUUGUAUGAAGGUUGCACUUACCUGUUGUUUUAAUUUUGCUUAGAUAAUUUCAUUCUAAGUGAAAAUUAUACUUUGACUUUUUUUUUUUUUUUUUUUUUGGUAAAAGCUGUUAUAAAAUAUAUUUGACUAGUGAAUUUGCCAAAUGCUGAUGCUGUUUUACACAUUUAGAGAAAUUUGUUAAUAUCUCAACUAGGGAUAGUAACUGAAAGGUCAGUUAAGAUUCAGAAAUUUAAAUCCUAUUUUUGAUUUUAACACACAUUUAAAGUUUUAUGGGUAUGUUGGGUUUUUAUUGUUUGUUUUGGUUCUUGUUUCCCUUCCAUUACAUUCUUUAGAUGAGUGUUUUAGUAGAUUGCACUCACUGGCAGCUCAAUGUAUGAAUAGUCUCUAGAGUUAAAGAAAAAUAUUCACAUAUCACACUGGGUACUAACAGUAUAAACUUAUAUACUUCCUAAACUUGUUUGAUAAAAAUGGGAUUCAAAACAUUUUGCUCUGCAUACAAGAAAACUUGUUACUUGUCUGUGACAUAAGUUAAAGUUUGUAUAGAUCAUAGAGGAAAAGUUAGGUCACAGGAAAAAUCUUUCAUAUUCAGCAACAUGUUUAUAUAAAAUUUGUAACAAUUUAUGUUCAGUAGGGAAUCUAAACAAAUGUAGCAAGGCAUGAGGACCACAGAGAUUUCACGCAGCUGUUUGUUGAGUGCUCUGUCCUUCUGUAGUCUCUUGUGAGCUGGUACUUUCUGUCUCGGAGUCAUGAAUGUGGAGAAGGAAGCUCCUUUCUGGUGUAUAUACAUAUAUAUAUUUCCUUAUGUAAAAUAGCAAAUGAGUAUUACCAGUUUAGUUCUACUUUCAAACUUAAACUACUAUUAGACCACACAAAAACUUAUUUAAGAAUUUUAUUGUAAAGCUCCUUUAAAACUUUUAAAGAGAUUCUAUUAUGAUUUUUUUUAAAUAAAAUCAAACGGCAUGACUUAGAAUGUCA